CAAUCAAAUAUGUUUAGAUUUAGUAUGAAAGGUAAGACCGGAAACAUAAACCUUUACUUUGAAAGUCUGGAUCAAUGUCAUCCGGUUUUCCGCUGUCCUGCGGUUGCGGCUUCAAGUUCAUGUGUUAAACUCCUGGCUACCGAGUCCAAUGAGAUCAUGAGGUUUGGACAACGGACAGCGCGACCAGAGACUAUGUCCGUCUUCUUGGCGUGUUGUGCGGCUUUUACAGUUUUUAAAAGUCGUCGAUUCAUUCUUUAGUCGACGUCGAAUGAACGUAGUAGGACCGACCAACAAGCAACUUUAAGCCCCAGCGCCAGUCGUUGGUGGAGCGGAGAGUCGCCUUCGUACCUCGCCGUUUGAAGAACCCUUUGAUAAAUUAGGUUUUACAUGUUAUAGACUGACUUAGUUAUGUAUGUCGGCACAAUGCUUAAGGUGUGUCUACGGAAAGCUUCCUGGCCGGCGGUUCUGAAGUUACCGUCAGGACUGAGGCGGUCUCCAGGAGCCGCGGUUUUGUCGCUGAGACUCCCGGGGACAGCGCCACAUGUACCGAGCUGCUGGAUGGGAACUCAUGGGAGAAACGACCCGAGGGAGCCCCUCAACUCUCCCAAGAGGGCCAAGGAGUUCAUUUAUCGCCUACACCCGAAUGAGAGGACGUGUUUACUGAAGGAGCUGCAGAUUUUCGAGUCCGAAGCAAUCGCCCAAGAGACUCUGGAGCCUUCAUCGCUAACUGCAGCCCAGAUCAGAUAUGUUUUAUUCCACAACGCCGUCCCUUUUAUCGGAUUUGGCUUCCUGGAUAAUGCCAUCAUGAUUGCAGCAGGAACACAGAUUGAACUCUCCAUCGGAGUCACUCUGGGGAUCUCCACCAUGGCUGCUGCAGCUCUGGGGAACCUGGUUUCAGAUCUGGCAGGUCUCGGACUUGCAGGUUACGUGGAAGCUCUGGCUUCCAGAUUGGGGAUGCAGGUUCCUGAUCUGACACCCAAACAGGUGGAUAUGUGGCAGACCAGGCUCAGCUCUCAUAUGGGUAAAGCCAUCGGCAUCACCAUAGGCUGUAUUCUGGGAAUGUUCCCGCUGCUUUUCCUGAGUGAUGACGAGAAGAAAGAGGCAGAAGCACAGCCCUGCAGCGAUGCAGCAUCACACUCCUCCUAACAAUCGGCUUCAUCCAUCACAUCUCAAAUUGGAUUCUGUUUUAUGUCAUCAUUACAAAAGAGUAUUUAAUGAUUAAGAUUCCCUGCCUUGCUACUCGGGUGGCUUUCACAAUCUGGCUGCUCUUGAAUUCAAACAGCAGUAUUGAAAUUCUUCUUCUUCUGAUUCUUGCCAUCUAUUGAGUCAGGUUCUCAGUUACCCAGAGAUCACAUUUAUUUAUAUUCAGGAAAGAUCACCUGCAUCAUGGGCUCUUGUUCCUUAUUGAUUUUUCCAUCAGCUCCUUGAAGAUGGAUUGUUGGCAUUCAAAGAAACACUAAAACAAUUUUUAGUCUGCAAUCCCUCCAGAGGUUCUUGCCUGAAAUCAAUUUAUUUUAAAGCAACAUGUUUACUUAUGUAAAAUCAUUUAAAUUUUCUAGAUGUAUGAUUUGGAUAAUAUUUUAUAGUACAGUGAACCUAUAUUUAUUAAAGGAAGUUAUUAAUAUCAGCUUGAAUUACCUACUUGUUGGCACAGCAGCUGCCAAACUCUCCCGAAGAUUCAUGCACACUAUUUCAGCUCUAUUAUGUUGGCUGUAGAAUGAAUCAGAUAAAGGCUAAUGCUGUCAUGAUGACAGUUAAGGGCCUAACUUUCAGUUUUUGACAUUAGAUUAGUUAUAGCUUGACUCAUAAGAUUGUUUUAAAGACAAUGAAAAGGAUGUUAUGGUCCACCAACAAGGAAGCUACAUGGUUUCCCACAGUUGGGCUCUUGAUAACAAGUAGUUUAGUUGCUGAUUUGUUUUGUUUCUGCUUCGUUUUUGUGCAGCAGAGAUUAUGUGACCUGGUUGGCUUUUAUUCUCGAUCGUCCUGACUUGCAGAAAGUUGCUCGACUUUAGCUCAACUGUCGAACUUGACAUUCUGCAUUCAUGACAAAUACACCCAGAAAACAUAUAUAUGGGGAGUUUAACAGUAAUCAGUCUAGUGACUUCACUUUAAAUUAUGGUACACGUUAGGGAUUGUCUGGUAUGAGAUUAAGUAAGUAUGACCUCGAGUAAAAAUACAGCAGUAUCAAGGUGUAGUUUAAUACAAAAUGUGUGACAUGAUCUAAUUGCUUCUAUUUAAAACAGAAAAGCGCCAACGAUUCCUAUUAUACAUAUCGUUGUAAUAACGCUAUCAAUAAUUCUAAAUUUGUUUUGGGGUUGUUUUCGCAAAAAAAGAAAUAGUGGGGAUAAAAUGUUAUUGUGCAGAAUAGUUUAUAUUUUUGACGUUUGGCUCCAUCGAGGAACUUGAAGGACAAGCAGAUUUUAGCUGAUUCAUUAGUCAAGCUGUCCGCUGGGCUAACCAGCCUGCAGUCGUCUGCUUAUCGGUCAUGCUACUUGUAGCUUGCUAACUGUCGUUACAUUAGUGAUGGGGAGCGCUUCUUUAGUUUUCACUUGAGAACCUUGUUGUCUUUCUCAAGGCUGGACUUAUUUCCAAGCAAACUAAUUCGUCUUUCUUCAGCCAGCUAGCUAGAAAGGCAAAAUAAUUCAAGUCAUUUCUAUGCAGUCGACUGAUAGAAAUAAAAGAAUGCUUGUCAUGUUUGCUUUUCUUGAUUCAGCUUUUCUCCUUUUAUAAUUAGUCAAAUGUUUGAUGCUCAAAACGCACAAAGGCCAUGAAAGCCGCCUGAGUAGCUUUAAAAAGGAGGAAGCACUCACCUGCAACUGAGUCCUCCUCAUUCCAAUUAUUCCCCACAAAGGGAGGAUCAACAGCCAGUUGUCCCAUUUAACCAAUAACCAGGACUGAAAGUGGUCAGUAGGUAGCGACUGUAAACAGGAAAGUCACACAUUUUUUAUUUAUAAUUUUAUUUGCCACCUUAAAUAUUAUGACCUUUUUCCACUCUAGUUAACUAAAAGGAAGCACAUAAGAUUUAUUUUUGUCAUGAAAAGACACUUUAUAGUUUUGGAAAACUUCAUCUCAAACACUAUUUAUUCAUUAAGAUGGUAAUCAUUACUUCAGAGGCAAACUAACGUCUUGUGCAUCUUGAGCCUUUGAUAAAAUAAUGAAAAUAGAACAGGAACAAUGUUGUCUGCUACCUCGAGGUAUAAUGUUGUCGUUUCUGCAUGAAGAACUGAUGUAGCUGCAUAUUCUAAGUUAUAUCAGGUGUGUUUGUUUUUCAGUUUGAUAAGGAAUGCUCCUCGGAUGCUUUGUAUGGCUUGAUAUCAGGAAACAGGCAUUCAGUGGCAAGACACUAUUUGGAAACUGAAGUUUUUUGUUGUAAUUUUGGCUUUUUCUCUUUUCAAGGUUUUGUAUCUGCUUGUUUUCAGUUUUUUUCUACCCUUUCUUUCGUGUUCAGCUCCUUUCUCUCACACAGGUGCUCAACUUGAGUCCCACCAUCUGUGUAAUUUAAUUCUUUAGAAAUGAUCAGAGGAAGCUUCAGAUGGUUGAGAUUCCUCUGUCCAAAACCAUUUAUGCAAAGAAAAAGGGUUGGUCUUUGUUUCUGUGUUUUCUUGGUGUCUUACACAGCAACACAUCAGCAGAACGUCAAGGUGCUUAUAGUCAAAACAGCAGUGAUGUGUUUCAUCCUUUGUUUUUAUUUUCCUGCUUGAAUGGCUGCUGUCAGGAAUAGUGCUUAUUGUGUUUCAAACUAUAUGCAGGUGCAUUUCAGUAAAUCAGAAUAUCAUCGAAGAGUCUAUUUAUUUCUGUAAUUCAAUUAAAAAAGUGAAGUUUUUAUAUUAUAUAGAAUCUUUACAUGCAGCGAUAUAUUCUAAUGUAUAUUUGUUCAUUUUAAUGACUGUAUGUUGCAGUUAUUGAAAUAUUUGCUAUUGCAUAUGGCAGGGUAAUGGCAUAAAGCAUAAAUAAGGAUUUGUAAUGCAGUAAUACCAGCCUACUGAAAAGCACCUAUAUGCUGGACAGUAUAUCCACUCAAUACUUGGUCAGAGAUUGCAUCGGGUAGAGACAAUCAGCCUGUGGCUCUGCUGAGGCAUUGAGGAAGCCCAACUUGCUUCAGUGGUGGUUUUCUGCUGUGUUUUUAUUGUUGGAAUGGUGUCUCUCACCUUUCCUUAGACAUUACCUUUGGAUUACUGGCCAAUCAAGUACAGUGAUCACCUCAAGUCUGUGUUUAUCCCUGUUCCUUGAACACUUUUUCUGUCACAGUUUUUCCCUCCACUGAAUUUUCCGUUCAUAUGCUUAGAAUACAGCUGUUUGCACAGCCAGCUUUACUGUCUUUGUGAAGGGCGUCAGGGACUGUAUGUUGGACAAGUAUUAAGUGAGGAGUCUUCCCCAUGGUUGUGUAGCCCAUAACCGGUCCAAAACCUAACAUUUCUGUCUUUUUAGAAAAAGAAACAAUGGUUUUAUGUAAUAUUCAAAUUAUCUGAGAAACACAUUUUGAGGGUUUCAUCAAAUGUGAGCCACAAUCAUAAUUGAAUCUAUCACCCUGAGUACAAUACUUUGCAAACCUCUAUGAAGUUAUUCCAACUUAUUGAAAUGCACCUGUAAGAAUAGAAUGUUUCUUUUUCAUUAGAAUAAUGUAGUUACAGAAAUUAUUUUCCUGGUGUGUUGCAACACCUAGUAUAUUGCUUGAUUGUGGAAUAACUGAUGCAAACUCAUCUUUAGUUUAUACAGAUGUUUUGUUUUUUUUCCAAAUGAUGCAAUCAUGCAGCAAAGAACAAAGCACCAGCCAGGAAAUUACAUUGCGAUUGAAAUUAUUCUGAUCUAUAGAGAAGCUGAACUCCAAGUUAAAAAUAUAUUUUUGUCGCAACCAGAACAUCAAUUAUAUCGACCUUAGAAUUGAGAGUAUAUCUAGUGCACCGAGACAUCUAAAAAUCUGCUCGACUGUUUAUUUAGGGAAGUGUGAGGAUCUAAAAGGUACCUUGGAUUGAGCGACUGGAUCACACGUUGCUCUGUUAUCUGUUCUGUUAGUUUCGGUCAACCUUGAACGAGUGUUUUACCUUUGACCCCCACAUCUUAGAAAGCUGAACUUUGCUAAAACUCAGAGGAUGUUAUUAGUUAUUUUAUCUGCUUUUAUUUAACAGAUUAUGUAACUUUACAGUGAUGAGCACAAAUCCAAUGACUUUAAGAUGAGAAGGAUUUAAGGGCUAAAAGAAAAGUUCAACACUGCUCUGAAAUUAUUGCCCGUGAAAGCAGCUGUAUGGGGCAAGACAUGGAGGGGAAUUACAUGGUAUUCCCGGCCUGUCUUGUUCAGACGAAGAUUUGCUGUGAAGGAUAAUGAGCAAUUUUUCAGUAUUGUAUUAAAUUGUCAGUGAGAAGUUGACUAAAAUAAAUAGUAUCCCGUUUGUCAGCAUGAGCAACCUGAAUUGUUUUCUUUUGCAUCAUGUUUACAGUAAGCAUGCUUUUUUUAAAAGAAUUAAUAAAAAUAUAACAAACACAUUUGCUUGGUUUAGGUUUUGAAGAAAAAUAAUAGUUUGAAGCAUAUGAAUUACAAAUAUUCUUUUAUGUCAAAGGAAUGCAAUGUUGUGCUGCCAUCUUGUGGUCAGUCUGGAACAGCAGCUGCCACGCACUAAAAACAUGUUUGUACUAUGAAAGCUGUACUGUCUACACAUACAGUGUUUUUUGCUAAAUUGUGUGCAAAAUAGUUAUAUAAUAAACAUAAGAACGUUUAGUUGUUGGUCUGCAGAAUUUGAUAUCCUAUAGGUUUUGUAACAAGUUGAAAACCUGCUUGCAUUAAAAUGUUGAAUUUUCAUAUAUUUAGUCAUGUAUGAACAGGUGAAGUGGAUGAUAAACAUUUAAAACAAGCAUUCUUUAGACAUCUGAUUCAUUGUUUUGUAUCAAAGCUAAAGCCAAUCAAUCAUUGCAUUAUACGUUGCAUAAUCUGACUUGGUUAAAGGAAUGAUUGCCUUUUGUUUGACAUUGCAGGUCUACCAAUUUGUGGAGUCAUUAAAAAAGCCAAUCUUAAGAGAAUCAAGUAACUACUUGUGCUUUUACACAAAUUACAAUAUCAAAGUUCAUUUAAAUGAUACAUUCAAAUAGUGAAACAAAUGUGAACUUUCUUUAUAUACAGAGUGAGGAUGAUUAUUAUGGCUUGCAGCUGAUGGAAACCCAGAAUAAUGUUUCCCAGAAAAUUUUAAUUUCACAUAAACUAAUUUGUAAUCUAGAAAUUUUAUUUUAAAUAAAACUGUCAGUGUACUGUA